AUGCAUAUAGAGUCCCUCAGAGAGGUGAAGGCAGCUGAAGCUCUGAUUGGUUGUCCAGAGGUCAUUGAAGGGUCGUACGAGAAGGGUUCCACCUAUUGGUGUAUCUUCUGUUCCUGUGACGUUCCCCGGCAUGCCCAGGAUGGACUCGUUACACUCAAAUUGGCAAUGUUUAUUGAACACUUGUGCAGUGCCUCCCACAAACAAGCCUCCAUCAAGUACUACCGCACACACAAUGGCGAUCCAGAUAAGAUAAAACAGCGUCUGGUCUUCUCCGACGAGGACUACAGCACAUUCAAGACCAACCUCACUCAGGCCCUGGACCAGUUUGAAAACAAGGCUCAUGCAGAUCUACAAGAGAGUGCAGCCAAGAUCCGAAGACUAGAGAAAGAACAUUUACAGCAUGCCCAGGACACACCACCAGAGACUGAUCUCCAGUCAAAGUCGCCACAAGGUCGUUUUUCAGAUGGGAGUUCAGAUAUGCAAGCAAGGAAACUUCUAUUGGACCAACAGAAAACCUCUAUUGGACCAUCAAAAACUAUUCUUUAA